CUGAAAGUAAGCAUGAUUUAACGUUGUAGUGAAUACAACAGAUAGAGUUUUUAAUUCGUUUACAGUUUCUCUCCAGUCCUUCAUAGUGGGAUGGUAGUGUUGAGAAUUGUUAUAUGGAGUGUCAGCACAUUUUUUUAUCCAAAAUAAUAUACAGUCCGCUGGAGAGCUUAACAUCUUCUGGUCAUAGAAAUGAGGAAAGAAAGAUUUGUUUAAUAUUCCAAGACAUACAAUUAAAUUGAAGUGGAUGUCCAAUGUACAGAAACAGUGGAAAAUGAAUAUACAUUUAUAGAUCAAACAGAUACAGUUAAGAAGAUGGGUGUUCGAGGACUGUCAACAUUUAUAGAUGAUAAUAAGAAUGUUCUACUUAAUGAUUAUAAACUGCAUGACACAAGAGUUAUUAUAGAUGGAACAAAUCUUUUUCACUUUUUAUACUACCAUUACAAAGUUUCUCACCAAUUCGGUGGAGAUUAUGAUCACUUUGCAAGAAAAUGCAAACGUUACUUCAAUACUUUGAAAGAGUGUAAAAUUAUACCAUUUGUAGUUUUUGAUGGCGGAUAUAAUCCAGAUGAUAGAAAAUUACCAGAGGUUUUAGAUCGUAUGAAUGAUAGAAGGAAGAGAGUUGGUUUGAUAGUUGCUCGAGGACGAGGAUGUGUUUUACCAAUUCUGACUUGCGAAACAUUUCAACAGGUGCUUUUAGAGUUAGAUAUAGCACAUGUGUCGUGUGUGUACGAAGCUGAUAAAGAAGUUGCAGUUCUUGCCAAGCGAUGGAACUGUCCGGUGUUAAGUAAUGACAGUGAUUUCUUUGUAUACAGACUUGAAGGUGGAUUCAUACCCUUAGACUAUAUCAAUAUGACAUUAUGUGUGUAUAAUACAGAAACAGAAGUUGCUUCAGUUUUGGAACAUAAAAUGUCUGUAGGGGAAAAGCAGUUUGCAUACAUACCUGUUAAAUACUAUAAUUGUGAGCGUUUGUUGAAAUUUUUUAAGAAAGUUGAUGAUAAUUACGUUCUUCCAUUGCUAGCAACAGUUGUUGGCAAUGAUUAUGUUGACAACUCGGUUUUAAGCAGUUUUAACUAUGCACUUCGUGCUCCAAAGAACCCAAGUAAGAGGUCAUUGAAUGUUAAGGCAAGCGGUAGAAUGGAGGCUGUAAUGUAUUGGAUAGAUACAACUGAAAAUGAAACAGAAGCUCUGGAGCAAAUUUUAGCAAGUAUAACUCUAGAGAAGAGGGACAGAGUUGGAGAAAUUCUGAAAACUUCUAUCAAUGAAUAUAAACAAAUAGACAGUUUUUCUUCAUUUGAUAUAGAAAAUACUUUGAACGCUUUCCAGAGUGACAAAACUAUGUUUGAUGAGAACAUUGACAGUGACAUUGCAGUAGAAGGUGAUGAGACUUCACAAGUGACUGAUCAUAAUGGUAAACAACUUCCAGGUUGGUUCAUUAAGAGACUAAGAAACUGUGAAAUGAACGGAUCAUUCUUGCAGAAUGCGAUUGUAAAUCAUAGAGUCAUACUAAACUGCCAAGUGGAAAUACUGAGAGAAACAUCUUCCUAUGCUGUCUCGAGAAAACUACGUAGUUUUAUAUACAAAAUAAUUUUAAGUUCACAGACAAAUGAUGUACCUGGUAAGACGUAUCAAGAUAUAUGUGUUGUAGAAUAUGACAGACAGGGUAAAGAAACUAAAAAGUUUCUUGUCAAACCUGUUGACAGUUUGCUAGCCCUUGUACCAGAAAUUCCACUCUUAGAAGAAAUACCUGAUCUGUCAAGAAUAGAGAGAAGAAACAUGUUAUAUGCUGCAUUUGAUGUCGAUGAAAGUUGUUUUGAUGAAACAUUUCAAGAAUCCACGCAGUUGCUGUUGCUUGUAUUAAGCAUGUGGGUAAAGUUUGCUCAACCCAAGGUCACAGAAAGUCAUUUGAGUGCACUGAUUAUUAGUGUCAUUGCUCUUCAUAUGAAAGAAUUAGAGUGGUUAAAUAUGAAAAAAUCAUUAGGAUAUAAACCAUAUGAACCAGAUCUAUAUAUAGACAUUGUAAAUGCUUGUUCAACAUUACCCAGUAAAAAGGCAGAAUUCUUCAAGAAACACAUAGAGAAGCAUUUCAGUCGACCGGAACACUCGGCAAAGAUACCUCGAGAUAAUAAGGUGGUACAUGGAUUUGCACAGUUUCAGACAUGUUUUCUGUACACAAUGUACCUGAAUGAAGUGUUAUUAAAACCAGUUUGCAUGCCAAGUCCAAGCAUGAUUCUCAAUUGUACAUUUGUAUACAAUCUUUGCAGAGAUCUAGAAGGUCGUCUUCACUCAGAACUUUUUUGUGCAGAUAUACUUGGUAGGGGAUCCUCGCUACAUACCCUAUUCUUAUCUUGGAAGCAGAAAGUGAUUGAAUUGUGCAAUGAUAACUGUUUUGAAGCAACAGGGUUAGGUGUUAAGAAGAAGAAUAAAUCCAAAGGAAAGAAGACAGCAAAAGUUGACAGGGAGGAGAGGAAAGAGACCUUGAUAAAUUCAGAGAAAAUGGAAGAUGAAACUGUGACAUUGAAUUGCGAUGUUAGCAACAAAUUUUCACUCCUUAAUCUUAGUGAUUCAUUUUGAGGAAGAAAAAUGGGUAUUUUUUUUUGCUGGAAAAUUUGUUAGUUUGACUUGAAAAUUGCCAUAAUGAAAUCUUGAUAAUGUGUCAAAAAGCAUGUAACAUGCAUACAUAAAGAACAAACUUGCCCUGAACUUGUAACAUGAUCAUCAGUAGUCUUGUUUUUAAUACAAGAUCAAUUGCAUUUUCUCAGCCCUUUCAAUCUGCAGUUAAGGACCUCGAAGACAAUAGUAAGAAUACACAGAUUAUAUGCAGUAUUUUGAUGUAAGCUAUGCUAAGAAAAUUAACAUGUAAAAAAAAUAACGAGUAAAUAUGGGAGUUGUUGGCAUUGUUUAUUCCAUUAUAUUGUGUAAAAGUUUGCCUAAUUAUGUAAAUUUAGAAGUAUAAAAGGAAACGCUGUAUAUAUUAUUUAUAUCCAUGCUUAUUGUAUCAAGUUUGUAGUAACCAAAAGUACAAAAUGAAUACCUAUUGCCUUGAAUUCAGAUUUGUUUAUAGUUGAACAUUUUUGGAUGCUUUAAAAUUGAUUGUGAUUGUCAGACAUAUUUUACAAUGAUAAUUAUACAGUCAGGGCUCAUUACAACGACACUGUUGGUACCCAAAGGAUAUGUCAGUAUAUCGAAUUUGUCAGUACGGUAUAUUGAAUUUCAUCAUUCAUCAUGUAAUGAGAUGCUUAUUCACUGGUAUCUGAACAUUAUGUAUUUAGAUCUAUAAUAAACAUCUAUAAUGAAAAA